AUGGGCGCGAUCGCAUCGGCCGGGAAGCGGAGGGUGGUGGAACGGGUGCACGUUGUUGCUGGCUCGGAAGAGAGCGAGUUCGAUCUGGACGAAGAAGAGCGACGCGUCAAAGAGCUUCAGGAACAGAACAAGCAGGUUGUGACGUAUGUGGUCGAGAACCUCUUCCCAUACGCCCCCGUCAGCAUCAAGAUCCAGCGAUUGGACUCGGUCGCGAUGGCGGACGCCCCACCCGCGAAAGAGAAGCGAAAAAUGCACACGUAUUUAUGGAUCACGCUGGACGAGCUUGUGCUCAAGCAGCAAAACGUGCCCCUCGACACGACCGUGAGCUACCCCCUCGUCGUUGCCGUCGACAGCACGGGAAACGCCCAUGUGACAGACCGCAACGGCGGACAGCGGAGGCUCAAGUCGUCGGACCUCGUCGCGCUCGCCACAGCAAAAGUACCGCCACAGCCUCCAGAUCCCGUGUCUUUUCUCGCGGCCACCGGUUGCAGCCUCAAGGUCCAAUGGAAGGAAUCGCCAGGAUCUAUCGUUGACCGGUUUGAAGUGCAGUAUAAGCACUGGAAAGACCUGACAUCCCACAAACCAUGGCUCGUUCUCGUCAACUCGCUCAUGCCGUCCAACACGACGCUGGACAACUUAGAUUGCCACACGGCCUUUGUGUUUCGCGCCAAGUGCCACAACCCGGCGGGAUGGAGCGACUUUAGUGCAGUAAGCGGUCCAUUCACAACACUGGCCGGCGCCCCAGACAAACCGACACCGCCAUUCGCCGCCAUCAUCUCCAACACGUUCAUCCACGUCGGGUGGUCAGCUGCCCCAGACAAUGGGGCGCCGAUCAUGUCGUAUCAUCUUGAGAUGAAAGCUGUCGUGGACGAGAACGCCACGUUUGUGCAGGUGUACGCUGGUCGCGACUGCGGAUAUGUGGUCCCCGGCCUUGCACCAAAAUUCGUAUACAUAUUUCGACUAAAGGCCGUGAAUGCGGUGGGCGACACCGUCUGGGUCGAGUCCAAGCCAGUGCGCACGAAGGAGUUUGCCCGGCCAGAAGUCCAGGAGCUGCCUUCGGAUGGAUCCACCGACAGGUGGGUUGAGUGCUGGGACGGCAAGCAAGAGAAAGUGUUUUUCUUCAACAAGUUUACAUGCCAACGAACCUACGACAUCCCACCAGAGGUGCUAGCAUUGCGCCAAAAGGGUGGCGCCGACGCGGCCGACGAGUCGCCCGAGAUGAUCUUUCGGAAGAAACGAUUCCAUUUUCACCGCGAGUUGCGAGCAUCCGUGCCGUCGUCGACCGUGCCUUUUGAAGUUUCCCUUGCCCGAUCCACUAUGUUCAUGGACACUGUCGCGAGGUUUCAUCGAGCAUCAAAGAAGGAGCUUCAGCUAAAACCCCGCGUGACGUUUGAAGGCGAAGGCGGCAUUGAUUCGGGCGGUCUCACCAAGGAUUGGUACCUCCAAGUGUCCCAGCAGGCUGCCCAUCCUUCCCGCGGGCUCUUUCGACCACUUGACAAGGGUCUGCUCGAAAUCCACCCAGAUGCUGACUCGGCCGACCACUUGAAGCUGUUUCGCUUCCUCGGCAAAUUUUUGGGCAAAGCAAUCUUCGACCGCCAAGUGGUGCAACUGCCCCUGGCGCCUGUGCUGUACAAGCAUUUGGUGGGUCUUUCGAUCACGACGGAAGACUUGGUCGCGAUGGACCCUCAGUUUUACAAGUCGCUCAAGUGGAUCGAAGACAAUGACGUGACGGAUGUGCUCUACGAGACGUUUUCAGUCACUCGUGCCAACAACGUCAUUGUUGACUUAAAGGAGAACGGGCGGAACGUCGAAGUGACCGAGGCCAACAAGAAGGAGUAUGUGGCGCUCAUGAUGCAGUGGCGGACCGAGUUCGCCGUGCGACCACAGCUGGAUGCACUACUCAAUGGCCUCCACAUGCUCUUGCCGGCGUCGUUGCUCCAUGCGUUUGAAUGGCGUGCGUUCUCCUCCCGGGCAGACUCUCGGAGGAUGCUUUAUAACAGUGUUUGACAGGGGAACUGGACCUUCUCCUGAACGGCAACCCCUUGAUUGACGUCGACAUGAUGCGGUCGAACGUGCAGUUUCAAGGCGGCUACGACGCCAAUGCCCAAGUGAUUCUGUGGCUAUGGCAGGCCCUGCGCACAUGGGACAACCCAAAGCGCCAGCAGUUUCUCAAAUUUGCCACAGGCAGCCCAUCGAUUCCCCUGGACGGGUUCGAUCCGCCGCUGACGAUCACCAAAUCGGACCUCGAACCGACAGCCCUCCCCAGAUCCCACACGUGCUUCAACCAACUCGUGCUACCGGAGUACGAGUCGCUCGGUAUCCUCGCCGACAAAAUAACGUUUGCGAUGCAAAACACAGAAAGCUUUGAGCUGAGCUAGACAGACCCACCGAGUUGAUCGAUAGCAAGUUGUGCCGAGUUGUUUGGUGUCGAGUUGUUUGGAGUGAAACACCGUGUGGACCGAUGUCCGUGC